UGACUUGGUUCACAUCAAAUUAGUGCUUAGUCUACCGGAAUGUCAUUGAGGCAGGCGACGUGACACAUGGAGGGUGGAUAAGAAAUGAGUUGGGGAAAGAAGCUGAAGACUUCAGGUGUACUUUUAAACCAAGAUGGGGAGCGGAGAAGAGGCCUGAGGAGGAAGGGGAAUAGAUGAGUACAGUUGAAGGAGAAGUGGAGGUGUAAAUUGGGAGUAUCUUAAGGAAUCGAAGAGAGGAUGAGUGAAGACGUAGAUACAUGGAUCUGGAGAAAGAGGGAAUGGAGAGGUCGGCCUGAACAACGGAGACGCAGCGGAAUAAAAGAAGAUAAGAGUAACCUGGAUGACUGAUUUCGGAACCUGUGUAAGGAGUGGGAAACUGCUGGCAUGAGUGACAAGACAACAAGGACUGAUAUUAUCUCCUCAACGUCCACUAAACCAGGGUAAUAAAACCUUUAACACCGCCAAAGAAGUACUAAAUACAGGGACGUUUCUCUGACACAGAUUCAUCCUAAUGGUCUACAAUUCUAGCUCAAGUGAGAAUCUCUAUUGAAAAUGCUUGUGAGUCCAGGAUUAGGCAUAAUCUGUGUCUGGGAAAUCUCCCAUGUAUGACUGGCCUUGUGUUGGCCAUAAUUUAGUUGAGGAAAGUCAUUUUAUUUCCUCAGGUUGGUGAAACAAUUUAAGUCAAAAUACUAUGUUGUUAUUCAAGCACCCUCUAGUGGUGCAAUGUCUUAUUUGAGAAGAACCACAAUGUUAUUGUCAGGGUGGUGGUAUGAUUGACUAAGGCUGCUUCCCAAAUGGCACCCUGGUCAAAAGUAGUGCAUUAUAUAGGUAAUCUCGUUCCCAGACACUUCUGCCCAAAUGCAUGGAAGGUCUAGUGGACCAAUACGUCAAACUAGGCCUUCGUUAGCCAAUAAGAAAGACGUGAAACUCCCGGCGUGAUAGGCAUUGGCUUAAUCUACCAACCAAUCAUCUCCCACUACAGCUUCCCCCAUGUGUCUUUUGCACCUCUGUCGUAUCAGAGAGGAAGAGGCGAAGCGAAAGGUUUUAAUCCUCCCAAAAUCUGUCCAUGAAAAAUAAGCCCACAAGUUGAGUAAUUUUUGUAUGGAGGUAAAUGAGUGUCGAAUUUGGUCAACAAUAACAAUUUGUAUUGCUUAUUUGCUACAUGAGGCUUAUUUGAUCUAAUAUAAGUCUAGUAAUGGUUAGGUUGUUACGAAUGGCAUUUCGGCAACUUUGGGAGAAAAAAAUGUUUUAACAUUGACACUGCCCUCACCGUUUUAACAUGGACACAGCCAUUGAAGGCUUCCACAAUUCCACCAUGGGUGGGGAAUCCUCUGAGCCAAUAAAGAUCGCCUCAAUGGCGCUAUAAUAGCACAGCUACAAAGAUGAGUCCUCUAUCUAGCUCUCUGGCCUCUUCACACACUUAUCUCCUUUUUCAUUGGCUAGAAUGAUCCCACCUGAUCUGGCUUCCUCCCCCCUGCCUUCCAUGUAUUUCCAUUGUUGGAGUGGUAUAUCUACUAUCUUGUCAAUAUAAUAGACAAUCUUUGGUUGUAUCGGUCUGAUGUCUUGGCAAUAAAGAGAUUGUAACUCUUAUUGGGAUAGUCCCACCCACGCGACACACAUCGACCACAGAUUUUAAUGGUGUAGGCUUUCUUCUCUGUGAAGCCAUUGGCUGGCUAGCUAGCUAUGUUCAUUGCUAAUUAGUGAGCUGGAAGUUCUGUCUUUGCUAGCACACUGGCACAAGUUCCUGCCCGGGUCAUGCCUCCAUUUGGAGCAACGCCUCGCGGUCGUGUGAUUCGCUAAAGUUAAAUGAUGACAAAUACUUUACUCAAUAAGUCACUCCCAUAGAAUUGUAUGAUCAUUCACACUAGGCCCACUUUGCAUCGUUGAUAUCCCAGGUUCAUAUGCGAUGUGCGCAAUAGCCUUGGAAUGAGGUUACUAUAAAUGGAGUAGUAUUGUUAUUGUAUUGUUAUGACUGAUUUGCUGUGUGUAACCUUGUCCCAUCUCUUUGAAUGUCUCUUGAGGAGAGAGGUGAGGGCUGUGAGCGUGAGGAGGAGAACCAGAGGGGAGCAGAGUGGUUGAGAGACGGCUAAAGGACAUGCCACUUAGCCAGGGACAGUAAGUACAGCCAGAAUGAGUGAGCGUGGUGCCGCAAACACGAGGCCAGACAGGUUAAGCUCUCUGUUUCGCACACACACACACACACAGUAUUCUACUUAGGAAGAUUCUGUACAUUUAAACCAUGUAUUUUAACUUCUCUAGGGUAGGUGAGACGCUAACGUGCCACCAGGCCAACAUCCGGUGAAACUGCAGAGAGCUAACAUUUUAAAUACACCAUUCGUUGUAUUAAACAUUCUUGUAAAUACAUGUAUCUUACAUCAUUUAAAAGAUGAAUGUCUUAUUAAUCCAGCCGCUGUGUCAGAUUUCAAAAAGGUUUACUGCAAAAGCAAACGUGAUUUUUUUUUGAGGACGGCGCCCCACACACAAGUAUUACUAGCAUUUUCCAACCAAGCAUUAGCGUCACGAAAGUCAGAAAUAACAAUAAAAUAAAUCGCUUACCAUUGAAGAUCUUCCUCUGGUGGCAAUGCCAAGUGUCCUAACUACACAGUGAAUGUUCGUUUUGUUUGAUAAAAUACAUUUUUAUAGCCUAACAUGAAACAUUUGUAAACCGGUUGCGUCGUGAUUUCCGUCACAUUCAACUUUGGACGAAGCGUUCGUGGUAAUUACACACACUAAACAAACGUUUAUCCAGUCAUGGUUGGUUUCAUUGCAAUUCUCUGGUUGUUACUAACACAACCAUACAUGAUGGUUCUUUUCCCGGGACGUAUUGACCGAAACAAACCGAUUUGAAGACACCAAUCAAUGACCUCAUUGCGCACCAAUGGUAGGACCGGUCUAUCGUUGAUUGACUGUAUUUUGGCCCAAUGACCACUGAUCAUCUUGAAAUCUAGCUUGGAAGAUAGCCAAUGAGCUGAGGUAAACGGCAAUAUGUAAUGGUUAUACGUUCGAAGACCAGCCUUUGUCGUAAACUCUGGCGUAAAAGAGGUUCAUUCGCCAUUGCAAAUCCUACUUGACGGAGCCACGAGUGUUACGCAUAGCAGUACAUAUUCAAUAGCAUUUUCAACAAGUUUAUAUAUUUAAACUAUGGCGAAUAAAUCAGGAAAAUCUAAAACAAAGUCUAGGUAUACAGAUUUAACCCAAAUUUAUAAAGGAAAUUGAUAGAGACAGCCCCCCAUCUCACAGCUAGCCUUCAGGGAGCUGCUCAUCCAGGAGCUUGCUAGCUACAGCAAGUCCACUGCAACACCUUCUGCUCUAACCAGUGGUGUUCACCUGCCCAGAUUCAUCUCUGCAGGGAUGAAUGUGCCUCAGGGCAAAAAGGGCACAGUAGGGAGCCGUCGUUGUGCCCUUUGUCACAGGAAAUGCCCCAUCACCUGCACCACCUGUUCAGUAAGCCUCUGCUUUACAGCAGAAAGAGACUGCUAUGGGCCAUGGCACCAGCAGCACAACAUUGUGUAGAGGACUGAGGGUCUUCACAAUAUUGUAAAUCGAAAAUGUGUAAAUAGUUACCCUUGUUAUUUGUUUGUUUAUUAUUUGUUUAUAUAUUUUUCCAUAUAUAUAUGUAUUUUUUGGGGGUGUGUUAGAAUAGCAUUUAUGUAUUUUGUAUAUAGUUAUUUCCUUAAAUGUAUCGCUGUACCAAUUCGUCCACUUGGGUACAUUUGUGUGGGACACCUGGGUGACUUCAUGCUCAAUGUCAUGUAGCUCGCUCAUUUUUGAAGUUAUCUGUCUAAAACUUUGCUCAGUUAUUGUUGCCAUCUUAUGUUCUUAAUUCAAAUCAUCCACAGCAUCCUAUCUGUAUGUUUGGCUGUUCUUGGUCAUUUGAAAGAUGAUGCAGCAACAAUAAAAAACAGAAAACGUAUGUUUAUUUCCUUGUAUUUUCUUCUACCAGAUCUAUUGUGUUAUAUUCUCCUUCAUUCAAUUCACAUUUCCACAAAAUUCAGUGUUUCCUUUCAAAUGAUACCAAGAAUAUGCAUAUCCUUGCUUCUGGGCCUGAGCUACAGGCAGUUAGAUUAGGGUAUGUCUUUAGGUGGAAAUUGAGAAGGGGGGGGUACCCCAAAGAAGUUAAUUAACAGAUUUGAUUACAAUAAAAGCAAUAAUAACAUGUAUGCUUCUCUUUACACAAUACAAUAUUUAUUAUAACUAUUUUUAUUGCUCAGUUACUUGUAUCUUUUGCAUAAACUUGAAACUGACAUUUCCAUUGUUGAUGCAUUAUGAGGCACAGUGAGUGACAGUCUAGGUAUUCGUUGGAUAGAUCACACUUUUACAGAAAGUGUUCUAUCUUGAAAAUGUUAUCGCUGACAUGCACUAUUUUUUGGAGCGUAUUAGCAGCAGACAAAUUAGCAAAAUACGUUUUCCCAGAGUAAAAUAUCCCUUUUUAAUGUGAUUGUAAUAUAACGAAUAACUACAAUCCGUAGUGCUCUCAGGUUUCUCUUUCAUCAACAGUGAAAUAAUACAAUUGACAAAGUGAUAAUUAUCUACAUAACAUGCCAUCGUAGUGGCUUUCUGGAAAUGGUUGCCAAAUGUCGUUGGUCAGCAGGCCUAACCAGUGCUUGACUUGGACUGAAAUGGGUUCCGGUACUCAUUUUGGAUGCUGGUACUGUUUAUAUGUAGGUGCAGGAGCACCACAAUACUUUUGAGCUUAUAUUUUAUAAGAGGAACAGGAGCUCAAGCAGUAGAAAAUGUGAGGUGCAGGUACUCAGCUCAAGUGAGCCCCCGCUCAAGUCAAGCACUAAGCCUAAUUUUUUUUCUCUUGUCUAUUGACAUGCACCAUCUGAAAUAAUCACCUGCCAAUUUCAACUAUUUUCUAAAUGUCAACCAUUGUAUUAUAUCAUCAAGAUGAGUAAAAUAAACUCUAAAGUUUAGUCUAAAGAUCUUAGUCCAUGCAUGUGCGUUGGGAUGGAAGUGGGGAUAUGAUUUAAGGAGGGAUGAUAGAUGGCAAAUUUAAGAAAUGGUUUGGGUUGGGUACAAUAUUUUUUGAGGAAAAAAAAGAUUAAAACACCACUGGCUAUUUAAAACUGGGAUAAACCCAAUGUGGUUUUCGGCAAGAGCUCAUACAAGUAUCUGUUUUUCAUUGUGAAGUGAAAAACAGUGUUUAAUUUGAAGUGCCAUGAUUAGGUAUGUGCGCAUAAGUGAAUGCUGUCAUGUGGGCCUAUUGUUUACAUGUUCGCUCAUUGAGGGUAAAGUGGGUGUGUGCAGCAGAACCAUUCAAAUGACAUUUAUUAUGAAGUAUGUCAAAUUUAAAGAGAUUUUGUUUUCAUUUUUUUUUUUGUCAAUCGAAGUUUCAGUCAGCGACCGCAUCUACAACCAUUUCAGCACCGCGGUCAGCUCUCACUACUAGAACAAAAGACAGAUUUGCUUGCGUCCCUUGAUGUCAGGCACCGUCAAAAAGUGCAUGGCUAAAAUGAAGGACGAAAACAUGUCAAAACCAAAAAUCCCUCUCACAAUCUAUCAUUUACGUCCAAUAAAUGUUAAGUAUUAUACGAUUAAGUAAUCGAUUUUGUAUCAUUAUGUUGUCUUAUUCUGCACAGUCAAGAAAAAUUGAGAAUGGAGGAAAUAUGUCUUAAGACCAGUCCUGAUAGAAUUCUUAGACGCUUCCUAACGGCAGACAUCACGGCUUGUUACAACCUAAGGGAGCAAGCAUAUAGAUCGACAGGGAGGGAGACACCGGUUUACGACGUCAAAGGCAACGGAGUACACAGACGGAGAGCCAGCCAACGCGGGAGCGAGCGGCAGCAAUAGUCUACCAUUUCCUGUGUUGGAUCAUAGGGAGCCGUUUAUUAUAACCACAAACCGCUUGAAAAAUCCAGAAGAGGUUGUCAUUUUUUUCGAAAAUCCAAAUUUGUGUGUAUUUAGAGUGGGAAACCGGGUUUGUAGACAAAUAACACAAACAAAACUACGAGAUAAAGCAUCACACGCUCAUGUUUAUGGAUAAAGGACGUCGCCGCUUGGAUUUGUUAGGUGCGCUCUUUUGGGGGUAACUUGUCAAGGCACGGAUUCAGAGGGGUCCUACAUUAGACAAAUUAAUUGAACAGGAGAAUAGACAGAAACCGAAAAUAAACCCUAUUUGACAAGGGACAGAGGAGAACGGGUGAUUCUGCUCUCAACUAACCGCGAGACGAAGGAGAGAGGAUCACGGAGGAAUAGACCGAGUUGAAACCUUUGCCCGUCAUCUCCAAAUCGUCCGAAGAUCUAUAGGUCCUCCCGGCUCCUUCUGACCGUAAUUCCAGUGUCCAUCCUCGGUGCGCACAUCCCCGCAUCCACACCGUCUCAAUGAAGGAGGCCGACGCAAUCAAGCUCUUCAUUGGGCAGAUACCCCGGAAUCUUGAGGAGAAGGACUUGAAACCGAUCUUCGAACAGUUCGGGAAAAUCUAUGAGUUGACAGUGAUAAAGGACAAAUACACGGGGAUGCACAAAGGCUGUGCCUUUCUGACAUACUGCGAACGAGAGUCUGCCCUCAAGGCCCAGAAUGCACUGCACGAGCAGAAGACGCUACCAGGGAUGAACCGGCCCAUUCAAGUGAAGCCAGCAGACAGCGAGGGCAGAGGGGAAGACAGGAAGCUGUUUGUGGGCAUGCUGGGGAAGCAGCAGUCUGAUGCGGACGUGAGGAAGAUGUUUGAGGCGUUUGGGAACAUUGAAGAGUGCACUGUGCUCCGCGGCCCUGACGGCACUAGCAAAGGCUGUGCCUUUGUGAAGUACCAGAACAACGCAGAGGCUGCGGCAGCCAUCAGCACUCUGCAUGGGAGCCGCACUCUACCGGGUGCCUCUUCCAGCCUGGUGGUGAAGUUCGCCGACUCUGAGAAAGAGCGAGGGAUAAGGCGCAUGCAGCAGGUGGCGUCCCAGCUGGGGGUCAUCAGUCCCAUGACCUUGCACCUCGGGGCUUACAAUGCCUACACACAGGCACUGGUGCAGCAGCAGGCUCUGGUGGCCCAGUCGGCGUACUUGUCACCUGUGUCCACCAUCACCAUGCAGCAGUUGGCUGCCCUCAACCCGAACAGCCUCAUUGCCACGCCCAUCACAUCACUCACUACAUCCUCAGGUACCAGCACUCCGCCCACCAUGGCAGCCACACCGGUGCCUGCUCUGCCUCCACCACUCAGCUACCCUCCAGUCCCAGCUCCACCCAAUGGACAGUCAGCGUCUGAAACCCUGUACACCAAUGGAGUUCAUUCUUACCAAGCUCAAACUCCAGUUUUGGAUCCUCUUCAGCAAGCGUACGCAGGCAUGCAGCACUACACAGGUGGGACAGUAGUGAGUCCAUUUGAGUCCUUAAAAUUUCCUGGAGGGAAUUUUAGGUUUGAAAUGCCCUCGCAACAGUCCUUAAUGUUUACUUAUGCGAACACACCCACAGCAACUUACCCUUCUGCCUAUGGAAUGGUGGGGCAGCCAUUCCCACACCAACACACAAUGGUUGCGCAGCAACAUCAGCAGCCUCAGCAACUGCAGCAACGAGAAGGGCCCGAGGGGUGUAACAUCUUCAUCUAUCACCUGCCUCAGGAGUUCUCUGACUCUGAGAUGCUGCAAAUGUUCGUCCCCUUCGGCAACGUCAUCUCAGCGAAGGUCUUUGUUGACCGCGCCACCAAUCAGAGCAAGUGCUUUGGUUUUGUGAGUUUUGACAACCCGUCCAGUGCUCAGACGGCAAUUCAGGCCAUGAAUGGUUUCCAGAUUGGCAUGAAGAGGCUCAAGGUGCAGCUCAAGAGGCCCAAGGAUGCCAACCGACCCUACUAAAUGAGCAAGGGAGAUGAGAAGACUGUCCUGUCCAUACAUAUAUCGUGGAGACUACGUCGCUAUGGUUGCCUAGCAACCGCUAAAAACCCCUUCCUCUCACAGCGUUGGAAGAUAUAAGAGUUCUAUCAAGAAACUGCUUGGGACGUUCCGGCCUUUUGGUUGUUUCGCCAACCGUAUAGCACAGGAGCAACAACACUUCUCAGAAAAUAUGAUAAAUAUAUGUAUCUGCAACAAUAACAAAAAAUCUGUAACGACAAAAUAACAAACGUGUGGUGGGUGGUUGAGUACACAUACCAUUCCACAGCUGGAUUCAGUCAUAUUAUGUACAUACUGUAUUGUCAGCUACAAGGUCUACAUGAAAAAGCAUAUCACUUAUUCUAAUGAACAGGGUUUUACUGUAUAGUGUGGUUUGUGGUCCAUAACGUAAGGGGGAAGGGCAAUGUGUGGGGUUGAAGAAGUGGGAUGGUAACCUUAUCGGGGGGGGGGGGAAAUAAUAUUCUGUAUGAUUACCAUUGGUCGAAUUGGUAUGUAGAUUUAGUUUAUUAUUUAAAAGUAAAUGAAAGAAGGGGUUUCUAUCCUUGCAACAGGAAGAAAAUCAACUUCUUCUCACUGUACAUAUCUUUGUCUUAAAUGGAGUCAAAUAAUGAAAAUGUGUUAUUAUAACCACUACUACUGGUAUUGGCAUAAUGGUUGGAGGGAGGGUAAUUGGGUGGAAUUUUUGUAUCUACAUUUUUUACAUUUAAUUUAUUUGUUAAUGGCGAUUUGUUUUAUUUUAUUUUAGAAAAUAGAAGAUUCCUGUGGUCUACAAGACUAUGGGUAAACUUAUUGUAGAAGGUUUAAUUACAUAAAUGUAAUUAUCAAAAAAUCAUUGUUUAAUUAUUUAUUCCCUACAAUUGCUGUUUUAAAACAUGUCUUUAAGAAAAAUAAAGUACAGUUUAGAAAAGGA